AUGAAUUCAGAAUCGCAGAUCAAGAAAAGGACGUUGCCACCAAGGGUGUUGUCGUCUCUUGAUGCAGCUAGAAUACAAUGGUACCACUUCAAAGCGAUCAUAAUAGCAGGAAUGGGACUAUUCACCGACGCUUACGACCUCUUCUGUAUCGCACCGAUCAUGAAAAUGAUAAGCCAUAUUUAUUACCACGGUGACUCCAUCAGCACACCAGUUCUCUCCAUCUCUUACGCCAUCGCUCUUCUCGGGACAGCAACGGGUCAACUCGUGUUCGGUUACCUCGGCGACCGAGUUGGUCGUCGCCGAGUCUACGGGCUUUGUCUGAUCAUCAUGAUCCUAAGCUCCUUUGGCUGUGGCUUUUCCGUGUGCACCAGUCGUAGGUCUUGCGUUAUGGUCAGCCUCGGUUUCUUUCGGUUUAUUCUGGGUUUGGGUAUCGGUGGUGAUUACCCACUCUCGGCUACCAUCAUGUCGGAGUUUUCUAAUAAGAGGACACGUGGCGCCUUUAUAGCUGCCGUGUUCUCCAUGCAAGGGUCGGGGAUUCUUGUGAGCUCAGCCGUGACGAUGGCUGUUUGCGUGGCGUUCAAAAACUUUGGCGGUGGUUCGAAGGCUGAUGGGGAGGCUCCGGUUGUAGCUGACGUGGCGUGGAGGCUGAUACUUAUGAUCGGUGCUCUUCCUGCUGCACUGACCUUAUACUGGCGAAUGUUGAUGCCGGAAACCGCAAGGCUUCUGUUUUGUUGGGCCAUGUCUUUCUACGUCGAGUCCAUUGCGUGCUUUAACCAAUUCAACGUGAUGAAACGCCGCGUUUUUCAUUUGGGUAUGCGAGACAUCAUACUCGCAUCUCCAAAGCUAAUGGGGACUUCGGUUGAGCAGCCGAUUUUCGUCUCCUUCUUCGCGAUGUCAGUAACCGAUUUAUCAUCUUUAAGCACUCAAUUAAUUGAUCACCCACGAUCAAGAUUUAAUACGAGAUUUUUCUUAUGCAAGGCGAUGGAGUUCGACAAUAAAAAGGUAUGA